AUGGCGAGCACCGAAGAGACUCGGAUUCGCCCUUCUGCCUUCAGUCUGUCCAGUCCCCAACUCGACGAGGACGGAGGCAAAGACCACAGUCGCGAAGUGCAACCUGGAAUGACUUUCUACUUCAACUCAGAGCAAGAGAUGUGGUCUGUCUGUACGGGAGAGGAGCUUAAUGACAUCGAGUCAACUACUGUAACGAUCUCGAGCUACAACGUCUUCAUCGAUUCAGAGUAUCCACCAGCCCGUGACCGCGAUUCACUGCUAGUGAGGACCAUACUUUCCGACGCGGCAAUGGCAGACAUUAUAGUUCUACAAGAAGUUUCUGACGAUUUUCUCUCAUAUUUGCUGAGCGAUAACGAGGUGCAGCGAAGAUAUCCAUUCACUUCGCAUGCACCGCCUAGUCAGCCGGAAGUUGGACCUUUGCCCAGUCUGCGGAACAUCGUCAUAUUAAGCAACCGCUGUUUCAAUUGGAGUUUGGUUCCAUUUCAUCGAAGACACAAAGGUGCUCUGGUUGCACACUUUCACGGAAUUCUUAAGUCAAGCGCUUCUGGCCUGGAAGACCUAGUCAUUGCGGGCGUACAUUUGACCUGCGGCCUGACCGACGGUUCUGUUGCCGCUAAAAACGCCCAGCUCAGGAAUCUCACAGGUUAUCUCAACCAACACCACCGCACCGAACCAUGGAUAGUUGCUGGUGACUUCAACACCACCACUUCAGCCUACAGCGUCGGUACGGCUCUCAAGGACAAAUCCAUCUCAAGUCAGACGGUGGCUGUCCUUUCCUCGAUAGAAUCUGAGAUCAGAGACGUGGGUUUGCUCGAUACUUGGUCCAUUGCCCGCAUCGAAGGAGUGGACGAAGUAGCGACGAGCGAACAUGAUGAACUAUUCGAGGGGGAAGAGGGUGCGACUUUCGACCCAAGAAACAAUGUGCUAGCAGCAGCAACUUCUGGAACUUCUACCAAUCGACCACAACGUUAUGACAGGAUAUUAGUUCGGCCACAAGAAACACUUUGUCUUAGUAGUUUCAACCACUUCGGUCUACCUGAAGUUGUAGAAGGUGUGCAGGUAGUCGCUAGUGAUCACUAUGGAGUCAGAGCAGUCGUUCGAGUCCUAGAUGGUAUGGCUGAUGGGAGCUCGGAUGAUCGCUGCACAAUGGAGCAGCUUCCCGUCCAUUACAGACGAGCCAUUGGGAGUUUGUCAGAUUCAGCAACUCUCGGUAAAGCGCUUGCAGCUCACGGGAUGUUCCCACUUGAGGUGCAAGUUCGCCAGCGGCAAGAUGCUUUUACACUCCUCAAGCAAGUUGUUGUCGGCACUUUCGGUGCGGAUGAUCCAACACUGUCUGAUAUUCCGUUGAUUAUAGUCCCGGUCGGCUCCUACGCUCUGGGUGUGUGGAACUCAGAGUCCGACAUCGACUGUCUUUGCGUUGGCACUAUCAGCUCCAAGACUUUCUUCAAACUAGCACGGCAACGCCUUGUAAAAGCAGAGAGCCAAGGAGUGCGAAUCUUAAGAAAGGUGGAAGCCAAAACCGGAGCAAUGCUAGAGCUUUCCAUUAAUGGCAUAGCGAUGGACCUCCAAUAUUGUCCAGCAGCUCGAGUCGUUGAGAGAUGGUCUGAGUUCCGUAACCUCCCGGCAUCCGAUCCGAUCUUCAACCUCUCCAUGCUAUCGUUACGCAAAAUCAAGCCUUAUCGCGACCUGCUCUACAUUCAGCGUACCCUUCCAUCUCUUCCUACCUUCCGCUUAGCAUACCGUUGUAUCAAGCUCUGGGCCGUUGAACGAGGAAUUUACUCUUCUAGAUUCGGUUACCUCAGCGGCAUACACAUCACCCUUAUGCUAUCAUGGGUGUACAAGCGAAUUGCCUACGACUCUGGAUUGGUCAGCCCUGCUGAUCUCGUCACAAGCUUCUUCCACCACUAUGCGAAUUUCGACUGGACGAACGAGAUGGUUUAUGACCCCUUCUUCCACAAGAAGAAGCCACGCUAUCAUCGUAGUGUAAAAGAGCCCAUGGUUGUCCUAGGCUUCCAUGCCCCCAAUUCUAAUGUUGCACACACUGUUCCCGGGAUGCAGACACUAAUCAAAGAGUUUAAGAUUGCUGAUGAACGGUUGUCUGAAAGUGACACGACUUGGGACAAGUUCUUUCGAUCAUCUAACGUCUCGGUCACAACAUCAGGUGUGCAGAACGGGACAGCAGACUUCUUGAAGAGUUAUAGCAGCUAUGUGAAGAUCGAUAUCCAGUUCUGGGGCCGCACGCUAGCGAAAGGAAAGGGCCUGGUGGGAUGGGUUGAGUCACGCUGCCUACUACUUGUUGUUGACAUUCAUAAAGCCCUCCCAGAACUCCAAGUCCGCAUCUGGCCUGCUCGUUUCACUGAUAGCCAUAGAAUUGACCCAACCGAAAGCAACGAGUACCAUGGUUGCUACCUAAUUGGUCUUUCGAACCCAAAUGCUGUUGCAGCCAAUUCAAAGGAUGACAAACAGCUCGCGAAGCAAUCCUUAGACACGGUUCUUGAUCGUUUCCUCACACAACUAAAGACCGAUGAGAAGAAUUACGACUCAAGCAUAUGCUGGGUCGGUGCGUCUCUCGCAAGAUCAAACGAGGUCAAAGAAUUACGCCUCGAUGAUCGCGAGUGGGGUGACUACGCAGCGGAAAUGGAACCUGAUUCCGACGACGAGAAAGACAUGGACGACGAUGCCGACGACGAUAUCCCUAUACAGCGCACGAUACCUCAACGCCCAAAGCCCACUUCGACACCGCUUUCAUCAACCAAACUUCGCCCUGCCUCUGACGUACUCAACCGCCUUCGUUGGGAUCCGAGUCUCGAUCCCGCUGACUACAUCAUCGGGUACGAAGAUCGCUUCCUGGGUGCGAGGGAGACGGGUCUCGAGAAGUGGAAGACUGAGCAAACAGACGAGGAAUUCAUUCCGCAGCACCGGAUACUGUAUUUCAAGAAACGAGGCGGAGAUAGCGAGGGUGCGAAAGGGGAAGUAGUGUGGGAGAGGGCGACGAGGAUCGAUAGAGUUUUUGGAAGUGGAGCGGGCGAUGGGAGUGGUCAGGAGGAGCAGUGA